UCAUUAUGUGCUCCGGCCCCUUUCCCUGCUCCCACUGUCCGAGAAGAGCAGCCUCCGCGCUGUCGGGACAGGUGUGUGGGGGCCCCAGGCGCCUCCCCACCCCUACGGCUCCGGCGCGCCAGCGGCACGGGGUGUGGGGAGACGAGCUUCUCCUCUGCCAGGCCGACGCCUGCGCCACCACGGCAGACUUGACCCACUUGGUGAAAUCCAGUGCCCUGUUCCCGGGGCAGGCGCCAUUCCCGUGUUGGAGGGUUAAGGAGGUCCUACAGGAGGUGAAAGCAUCUCACCAGGAAGAAGAGCAGUCUCCCCAAGCCUGCGGUGUUCCCCGUGUGACCUGCCCUUCAGGACCCCUUCUACACCCGGCCUCGAAGAAGGGAAGGCGUCCCCCGAUGCCAGGAGUCCUCUCUCAAAGACUGGAAGCACCCGAAACCUGCGACCACCAAGGAACCAAUGCAGCUCCCCUGAGUAGGUCACGCACCUGCUUCUCAGCUACCUGCCAGCACAGUCUCGCUUCCCUCACAUACCUUCUGUCACUUCAGCCAACCGUGGCAGGAACCGCCAACACUGACCGAGAACUUCUGGGCACCAGGCCUCCUUCAGACACUGAGAGACCUAUGGUCACCGCAUGGCGUGGCAUCAGAACCUUUCUUGCUCUGAGGACUUCAGAGACACGCUACAUCCUGCUCCCCACCACCGAGGACGCACUAGCCUGUGCUGAGUGGGAGGUACAGGAGGACCAUUCACAGAGCAGGUUGUUUUCAGGUUUAACUGCCCUUAAUGUCCCUAGUUUUUAGGGCCCUCGACUACUAGAAAUCCAACUGCUGGGGGAAAGGGUGAAGGCGCAUCUGCAAGUCUUAGUUUGUCUCCCUAACUCACUAUUGAACAUUUACCUCCACUGCAGUUAUUAAAGAAAUCUAAUAAACAGGCAAGUUAUAAUGAACGAUUGAUUGUAAGGGUAAAACUCCCCUCACGUGUCGUCAAAAAAAUGUGGUCAGUGUUUACAGCAACCACUUUGGUCUUUGCUAUACUAUAAAAACUGCUUAAAACGGACUGGAAUAAUUGUUUUUCAUUGCAAUGCAUUCACUUACUUGGAGAGAGGUCCAGGAACAUAAAACAGAGUUGGUUUCAGGCUCUCAAAACUGCCAGGGAAAUAUUUAAAAUGAGUGAAUUUCCAAAUGAUGGCCAUUUCAGUGGUGUCAGAGGGCCUAUAUUAUUAAAUAAUGUAUAAAUAAACUGCUGAUCAAGGUCCUUAUCCUUUGACACUGCUAAUGCAUCAUCUGUCUCCCAACGUAGGAUAUUUAUAAUCAACCCAAUUUCACCAACAAGGACACUCUCAGACUUAAAAUGCUUUCGCUGGGCAGAGCCUCUGUUUUGCUAGUGCCUGGAGAAGGAUCUGGCACAUAACGGACACUCAGCUGUUGGAUGAGAACGGGAACCUACGUAGUCCUCAUCAGCUAGGCCUCAUACAACCUUUUAUGGGUGCCAAAGCCACGUUUGACAUACAUACAGAUUCUGUAUGGGAGAAACAUUGUUCCAGCAACCUUCAAAGUUAGUAAUAAAAAGAAAACCGCUACUGAGAGACACAUAAAACAUGAAAUUUCAUUUUAAUCUCUAUAUAUAUGAAAUACGGCCUCAGCACAGAACAUCUAUCACAUAUGAAAUGUACUUAUGGGACACACUAAAUGAAGCAAAUCCUUAUUAAAAUAUUUGGCCUAACCCUCACAUCUUGUAAAUGAACUCCAUGAUGGUUGAGGAAGGUGGGAAAUUAAUCGUCUAGCUACCUGACCUUGGAAAAAGCUCGAUGAAUUGCCUGAAGUCUAUUUGGUCUCUGCAGACUGGGUAUUUACCAUUCUGAGUCUUGCCAGAGUUGGUUCUGCAAAUAGUUAGCUUAAUGACAGUCAAUGACAUAUUAUUUUUCCAUAGUUACCUUAAUAUUUUGUUUUUUUUUUGUUUUUUUUUUUUUUAAUUUUCUAUUGCUUUUUCUUUUUAUGGCUUCUUACUGCUGUUGUAUUGGGCAUACAACACAGAUCAGAGAUUUGCAUUUCUCAGAGAAAUUUCUCUCCUUGAGAAAUUGGCACUUCGAUCGUCUGCUUGUGUAACAGCUACAUAUAAAUGGAUCCUACCAGCAUUGUUACCAAUCUUGCUGCUUAUGAAAUUCUAGCACUUUGGCCCAAAGAGUGCCCUGACGUUAAAGUCUUCUUAGGUGACUCUUCCCACCACCAAACUCUUUUAAACAGGUGUGUGUAAUUCACAUAUAUGUUAUAUCAUAAGUUUCUACACACAUAUACACAUUUAACUCGUAAACGUGAAAUGUCUCUCUUGAAUAAAAAGUAAUUACAAGGGUAUUAAAACAAAUGCUGAAAAUAACUAUUUUACAUUUAGAUCAUAAAAAUUUUAAAGGUAAUCAUGAUGACAUAAGACCUAAGAGAUCAAAUACAUCCUGUAUGAUUGUCAUAUAUGCACGUUGUGUUCAUUGACUUUUUCUCUUUAAUCAGAAAAUAAAAGAGCUUACCUUUGUUUACUGAGA